AUGCACAUCAUUCGACAGCAAGCUGCGGCGGCUGAGCAGCGUGGGAUUUUCAAGUCUGCAUCGGCUUCCGAUGUUUUGCUCAAUUUGGCUUGGACUCGAGAUGGCCAAGAACAAGCCGCAUUGUACAGCUCGCUACCCCACGUCUCAAGUGUUGAUUAUUUUGUGAGUCAUUCGUGGUCCUGUCCACGCUGGAAGAAGAUCCUGGCGAUUUCUCAUUAUUUCAAUUUGAAUUUGGCAAUCUGCAUGUGGGGCUUCACAUGUAUUUUGAUGUCCUUCAUGCUUAUUGCAUAUGCAGGAGGCCUUAGCAGCGUAGCACGGGAAUGUCAACCGGUGCUGUAUGGCACUCUACUACAUGUUCCGAUGGCUGUGUUUCUCAUCACCUACCUUUUUGGCCAUUUGCUCUCCGGCAGGCGCUUUUGGUUCGACUGCGUUUGUGUGAACCAAUCGAACGCAUUGGAGAAAGGAGCGAUACUCCAAGCAAUUCCAGCCUUUGUGGCAAACUCCACGCACAUGUUGAUCUUGUGGGAUGAGAGGUACUUCGAUCGCUUGUGGUGCAACUACGAGCUGGCGGUGUCUGCCUUGACCUCAAACUCAAGUGGCGAGCUACGGGAGAUGCACUUCGUGCCAACCUGGGCGCCGCUUUGGACCUUGUCCUCGGUGGCCGCGACCUUCGUCCUCGCUGAAACCUACGAUGGAACAAAGCCAAUGGUGGAUUCACACUCAAGAGCUUCACUCUUUGUAUCUUGGUUCAAUUUCGAAUUUGCACCACUCUGGACAUGUUUUGUGGUGGCCAUCCCAACCGCCUGGUUUUGCUUUGGGAAAAUUGAUGGGCACAAGCUCAUGUUGGACCAGAUGGAAUCCUUCGACUUCCGGAAUGCUCAAUGUACCUUGGAGACCGAUCGUGUGGUUCUCCAGCGGCAAGUCCUGGACCUCUUCGAGGAGGAUUUGGAUCUCAGUUCAGUUGAAGAAAGAUGUAUAGCUGAGACUUCGGAGGAUUCAAACGAGGAUUUGGAUCGGACAACAGCUGUCACUCCAUUGACUUUGGGAGAAAACGAACCAACGGAGACUUCCAAAUCCGAAAGAUCUUUUCUAGCACAAGCCAUGGCCAUGGACAACUUCAAUGAUUGUGUAAGAGGUCCUUUGCGCGAGAGUGUGAUGAGCUUGAUGGGCCAAGAGGGCGCUGAUAUGCCUUUCAAGCUGCUGGUUGUGUUCGGUCUACCCAUUUGGGGCUUGGGUCUCAUCGAAGUCUUUGGUUGUGAUGGGAACACGGAUUGUCGCGUCUCCGCCUCCAGUGAAGGUUACGCUUCGAUGGCUCGGUACUUUGUCGGGAACGCAGCCAUCAACAUGUUGAUUCCUGUCUUGACUGCCCUGGUUUUUCCGCUGGCACUUCGAAUCAACUUCAUGGUCACAAAGCUGGUAGCAAAGGGCCCUUGGCGCAUGGUCCUUGGUUCAAUCUUCACCACUGGUCUCUUCAUGAUUAUUGAUGCCCUGCAGGCUGCUGGUCCCGGUGCCAUGGUGGUGAUCCUGAAUCGAUUUUCCACCACCUGGCUCAUCGGCUUUCUUGGAGCUUGCGGUCUCUUGUGUUGGCUGGCAUCGCUACUCUUCUUCAGGAGGGUGCCAGACCCUGUUCCAGCACUCUGA